ACCAUGACAUUUGAUCAGUAAAUAAACAACAAGAAAAUCAAAUUUCCCAUGUCGAGAUCAUUGAUUCGACGAUUUUGUCCAAUUUUAAUAGCUCGAAUCAAACAAAACCAUAAAAUUCUAAAGUCUUCUUUAUAUUCUUCUUCUUCUUCUUCAGCUCUUCAUGAGGUUUCUUCUGAAUCUUCUCCUUCUCUCGAUGCUAUUCACAUGACUGAUAAUUGCGUUAAGAGAAUCGAAGAACUGCAAGCAAGUAAAGAAUUAUCCGAGGAAAAGAUGCUCCGGUUGAGCGUGGAAACAGGCGGAUGUUCUGGGUUCCAAUACGUUUUCGAUCUGGAUGACAAAACCAACCAAGAUGACAGGGUCUUUGAAAGGGGUGGAGUAAAAUUGAUAGUUGAUAACAUAUCCUAUGAUUUUGUAAAAGGAGCAACAGUCGAUUACAUUGAGGAGUUAAUUCGUUCGGCAUUCCUCGUAACAACAAACCCAAGUGCAGUUGGAGGGUGCAGUUGUAAAAGUUCAUUCAUGGUCAAACAGUAGCCUGUGAUUUUCAGCUUUGCCAAACCAGUUGGUAAAUCAUAUUUCUACCAUUUUUCUAUAUGGUCGUAACAAAUUAUUUUGAUUCAAAGAUUGUAACAUCAUAAUGUACUGAGGCACUGCUGCUACUGCUUAAUCUGUUAGGAGUAUUGAAUAUCUGCAAAUUUUAGUACUUUUAAAUACUCGAAUCUAUAUAUCACUCAUUUGCACUGACA